AUGGGCUUUGGCGGCAAUCUAGAGCCCAGCUUUGUAAUCCCCACAGUCGUUGCUUGUCAUGACCCAUUCGCCGUCUCUGCUGCACUAGCGGUGCCUGGAGCCAAUGCCGUGUCGCCAGCUCAGCAGCAGCAGCAGGCCCACGUGGCAGCGCUCAUGGCUGACCUGGACGUCCACGUGGGCGAGGCGGCGUACGCUGCUGCGCGAUCUGGGCCGUACAAGCUGACGCACCCUAUGCAGAGAGGACAGGUGGGUGGAAAGGGGUGCAUGUGGGUGGAGAGGGGUGCAGUUGGGCGGAGAGGGAUGCAGAUAGAAGCAUGGGACGCCAUGGAGCAUCUGUGGCAGCAGAGCCUGUUCAAGUACAUGCGGGUGGAACCCGAGGAGCAUGUGCUGCUGCUGGCCGAGAGCCCUCUCACCCCACCCGAACACCGAGAAUACAUCGCCGAAAUCAUGUUUGAAACGUGA